AUCAUGGACCAGACGCCAACCGCCAUUUUCGACUCCUACGAACAGGAUUUCAGGCACAUAAUUCAAAGCAUACGGAAUAAGCUAGAAGGAGAGGGAAAGAACCAACUUGGAGAGCAGCGAAAAGCUGCGCUGCGGAAGGUUGAAAUUGAGCUCGACGAGGCCGAUGACAUUGUAUCGCAACUGGAGAUUGAAAUUCAGGGCAUCCCACAGUCUAUCAAAUCGCAGUACACGUCACGGUUGAAGCAGGCCAAAGCGGACCUUACGAAAUACAAGAAAUUGUCCAAGGAUCUCCAUUCACAGGCCGCGCGGAACGACUUGAUUGGGGGAUACAGAAAAGGUACUCCAAGUUCUGAUGACCCAUAUGGCGAGCAGAGUGAUAGGUCGAGGCUAUUGUUGGGGACGGAGAGAUUGAAUGAUGGUGGCCGACGGCUGGCCGACUCUACAAGCGUAGCAUUGGAGACUGAGACAUAUGGAGCGGAGAUCCUGUCGAAUUUGAGGGGGCAAAGGGAACAAAUUGAAAACGCAAGAUCUACGCUCGGUACUGCAGAGGUCCACAUUGAUAGGUCAUCUGGGACGGUCAAAGGGAUGAUACGCCAGAUGUACAAGCAAAGAGUCAUUCUCUACGCUAUCAUAGCCUUCCUCGCUGUCCUUGUUAUCAUUAUCCUCUACUUCAAGCUUGUACGACGGUGAGGCGCUGUGUCCACUAACGCCCUCGCUCAAACUACUUUGGGCGACGAGAACAUUUGGAUAUAACGUCACCGCUGAGGAACUGCGCGUCUCCUACCCAUAGAUUCAGCGUGCUCCACCAACGAGUUUCCUGUUCGCGGGUUCGAACAAGAUUGAUUAUUUUUAUUGUUAUGGACACCUCUUUUUCACACUUCGUAUU